AUGCAUGUGGCAAGAGGGGGUGGCAGAUUGCCCUCCGCUUCGCCCCGCCUCGCCUCACGGGCGCCCUCCGCUUGCUGUCCCUGGCGGCCAGCACGCGGAGCCGCCCGCGGCGCAUGCGCGGCACUGUCGCCUGCUCGUCCGGGCGCGUACCGCGGAGUUCGGGGGCAGCGCGCGGGGUGGCGGCGGCAAGGCCGGGCUGGUGGCGCUCGGGCACCUCUGCCGCCCGCACACCGUCUCCCGUCAGAUCCUCGCCUCGGGCGGCAGCGACUUGAAAUUUGCAAGGUCCCUACCCUGACAGUAAUCAUCAUGGAUAGUGUGUUCUUAACAGAGGACAAAGCCAAUUCUAUGUUAAAAAGAUACCCAAGAGCCAACACGUUUCUAGAAGAAUUGAAGCAAGGUGACAUAGAACAUGAAUGCAGAGAAGAAAUCUGUAGCUAUGAAGAAGCAAGAGAAGCAUUUGAGAAUGAGGAAAAAACGAAGGAGUUCUGGAAAGUCUACAAAAAUGGACUUCAGGGAGACAGUAACACAGGACAUACCUGGUAUUCAUUUUACCUUGCAUUUCCAUUAAUCAUUGGCCUUUUUGUUAUCCUCAUUGUCAUCUUUGUCAUAUGGAGGUGCCUGUUCAAAAAGAAACUACGUAGUAGGCAGUCGGUGUACGUGCACAGGGGAGCCCAGGAAGCGAUGGGUGACGGUGCUGUGGCUGAUGGCAGGGGCCCUCUUCCGCCACCGCUCAGCAUUGUUCAUUCCCCGCAGGAGGAAAUGUUUGAAGUCAGUGGGCUCUCUCCAGGAGGUCUGAGCUAUACGGAUGGACAGUCAGACUCGCUGUCCGCAAGGCUCUCCAACUGUGAUCCUCCUCCUUCAUACGAGGAAGCCACUGGGGAAGUCAGUGUGAGAAGAAGCGAAACUGAACAACAUUUAGACCCACCCCCUCAAUACGAAGACAUUGUCAACUCUAGUUCAGCCAGUGCAAUUGCCCUAUCUCCUGUCGUCACCAGUACUAAGUAAAGCAAGAAGAAUACUAUGGACUUUCAAAAAAUUACUAAUCAUUUUGUAGCACUUUAUCUUGACUUAUUAUGCAUUUCUGUAAUUUAAUGGACUUGUACAAUGAACUUCACUUUUGUUUUGGAUUCACUUUGUUCUUUGGGUUUGGGAUUUUUUUCCCCUCCAGCGGGUCUUAAAAGAUAGAGCAUUGAGAGUGUAGUGCAGGUACAAAUGUGGUGCUCUGUCAUACUUCUCAAAAGUACCUCCACUUUAAGGGAUGUCACUUGUUUUAUCCUGAACAUGCCCACAUUCCCCACAAGAUUUGUGGAAUCCUCUCCCCCUUUUUUAGUGUAGACUAUCAGAAUUGCGUGAAAUAGGGAAUCCUUAAGCAACAUUUUAGUUAGUUGUUUUCACUUAAGGGGACUGAUUUUGCAGUAUUGCCUGUUGUCUAGUUGGUUCCUUUUUCUCACCUGGAUUUUUGUUACAUGCUGCACCCUGUCCUGGGCCCUUGGAAGGCUAUGAGCAGUACACCUGUUUGUUCAAACCACUGUCUCAUUAAGAGUAUGCUGUCUUAAUAGCAAUAAUUUCAAAGUCCUAGCAGAAGAGGAAUAUUCUAAAGCUGUUGCUAGUACAACUUAAAAUUCUGUAAGUGCUAACAAGAUGGUAACAAUUCAAGACACUAAUUAGUGAAUUUAAUAAUGUACCUUUUUUGUGUGUGUUCUGCCUUUCCUUUCUGUUGUCCUAUGUUUUAACGUAGAGGGUUUUUAACUUAAUUUUUUUACCACAAGAGGUGAGAAGUAUGCAUAUGUUAAAUUCAGAACGUGCAAGUUCGUGCAACAGUAAACAGUGAAAUACCAACAUACACAAGAGUGGAUAAAAUCCUGAUCACAGUCUUCAUUGGGAUCAGGAUAUUGUUUAUGAACACAUAAAGCCAAAGGUAUCACUUUGCUUUUUAAAAAGGAAAAAAAAAGGCAGGAUUUUAAAAUUUGGGUUUUUACUUCUCCAACUGUGAAAUAAAACCCCUUCAAAUCAGAUACUCCUUUUGCUUCUUGCAUACUUACAUGUACCAUAUGUGCACCUCAUGUUGGUGGCCGUGGAAAUCCUUUGCAGAGAAUAUAGAUACCUCUUUUUAGCAACAAAUAUGUCUUUUGCUUAUCCAUUCCAACAAGGUUCUUUAGUUGCAGAAGUUAAUAAUAUGUUAUAAUGAAAUAAGACUACUUGCACUUUUCACUGUUUAUAAGAAGAAUGUAGUGCUUUUAUCCAUGACAGGAAUUCUCAAAGCUCACUCUGUUCUCAGUGUACACAAACCAUUUUUUCAUAGCUCUUAGGUUAGAGGUGCUCAUCAGAGUAAGAAAUGCUGGGAAGCAUUUUAGCCCAAACGGGUUCUGCUCUCUCCAGCUGUGAGCUGCAGAGUCCACCUGAUGUAGGGCAGGACCAUGAGGACCUAACGUUGUAUUUUGGAGAACACAGUGCAGACAUACGCACACUCCAGAUCAUUAACUGGGAGUGACUGAGGCUGUAGGGAUGUUGAUUUCUGUCACACUUGGUGCAAGUUAGGCUAGAGGCUUGUACAGAAUUUCAACCAACUAGUUUAGACACUGGUGAUAGUUAAGCUGUAUUGUGUUGAUUCUUUUUUCUGAGCUUGAUUUAAAAGUUCAUUGUUGAGUUGAACUUGUGAAUAUUCAUUUCUGUUUUCUUUGUUCACACACCAAGGUAGAGUGGCAUUAGCUUCAGUAUUUUUCUGUGUUCAACUAAUCAAUUAGCACCAAUCAAAAUGUACUUAGUCCUAAAGGACUACUGCUGGCUUUCUUACUACAGAAGCCCAAACUGCAUCUUGUUCCAAAGACCACAAAUGAAAUGCCAAUGCCAUCCAUUUGAAACUGUCAUUAAUGUCUGAGAAGUGUACUGGUAUCUACCAUUACUUCAUGGGGUCUUAGCUAUACAUGGGUGUGUAUAUGCACACUUCUGAAAGAAUCUGAUGUGAAGUAUUGCCAAGUGAAGUAAGAAUUUAAUGGUUAAUUUCAUAUUCUUAUUUUGGGCAAGCAGUAGGGUGCCUAAGUUGUCUACUAGGGAUCUUCAGUUGCUAAGGCGAGUUGUAUUAGAGUUAACAGAUGAACUCCAGGCCAAACUAUUGUCAGAAAGAUAACUCUAUAUUUAUUAUUUAUAAGAUAUUGGGCAGAUAAGUCCUGAAUUGCCACAUAUUAAGGCUCCUUUUGUACUGAGCAACAGUUAAUACACUGCUUUUAGGCAGACGUUACCAAAACAAAGUGCCUCAUCUCAACAUGCAGGAAAAGAGCUCAAAAAGAGCUGAUAUUUCAGUCUGUGCCAUAUUGGCAUCUCCUGUGCCUGACAGCACAGCUAGUAGUUUUAGCAGUAGCUUUUUUUAUUUGGCUAUAACUUCCCUGUAGGAAAUGCAGGAGAUCACCCAUUUUACACUAGGUCUUUAAGCAGCUGUCAUCAUUUCCUGAACAUGGGCAAUCUAGUUUAGAGAUGAGCUCGUUUGUGGUUUGCCUUUCCCCUCACCCUCUCCUUUUUUAUUACUCUGUAUUCCACUACCGCUUUUAAUGGCUCUACAUUUCUGGCUUCUAAGUUGAAUAUGUUGCUGUACCCUGUAGGUACUUUUACAUGCAAUGCAAAACUGAUGCUUGCAUUUCAAAAAAAGCCACAGCCAAAUAUCUGAGGUGAUCUAUGAGUUGAAUUUAUUUGGCUGUGUGUUUUCCAGGCGUGAAAGCCAUUGUGGGUUAUAAACUUAUGUCUUGGUGAAUAAAUUUCCUAACUAAACAAAACUUGUGUGGGACAUUUAUCUAAUUGUGUUUCCUCAAAGACGUGAACAGCUUUCUCCAUGUUGGAAUAAUGUCUAAUUGCAAGUUGUUUUGUUGUGUUUCAUGAAGUGUGUGGAAAUAGCUUAGUCUAAUCUGAUUGAAAAAUAAAAUUUCAUUUGUACUGCAUUUUUUAUACAUCUUUUUUUUUUUUUCAGAUCACUCAGUUGUUUUACCUGUCCUACAAUUGCAUUGUCGUGCAAUAAAUAUUAAUAGUUUAUAGUUGUACAUCUCUAAAGAUUUUGCAAGUCCAAAUGCAGCAGUGUCUUGACUGAUGACAUGAGUAGUCAGGAUACUGCCUUUCCCACUUCUGAAUAUAAUACUGAAUUUCUUCUUGUAUUAGGAAUGAGGUGAUUUAUCUAUUAAAACUAACUUAAAUACAAGUGUUGCUCUUUUAAGGAAUAAUGGAAAUUAAUUAUUUUCUUAAAUGAUACUUAGUAUUAGUGAAGGUUGUUUUGUCUUCACUGGAUGUAAAUAACCUCUGAUUAC